AUGGGGAGCAUGUGUCAAACGUCGUCGUCUCACAACACGACCGCACUCCACACGCAUCCACAAUCAGCCACGCACACGAGCUCCUAUUGGGGCCACGAAUCCCAAAUCCUCUUCUCGGGUUGGCCCGGUUCCAGCAGCGGCAUGUAUGCACUCGCUUUGUUCUUCGUAUUUGGCUUGGCCAUGAUGGUUGAAUGCCUCUCGUAUCGCACCAUCGUUAAGCCUGAGGCCAACAAGGUGGCCGCUUGGUUCUUUAAGACGGCCAUGCAUACCAUUCGUGCCGGCCUGAGCUACGUCGUAAUGCUGGCUGUCAUGUCGUUUAACGGCGGCGUCUUCCUCGCUGCUGUUAUCGGACAUUCUGUCGGCUUCUUGGUUUUUGGGAGUAAGGUGUAAGGAUUUGGAAAGCAGGGAUGGACUGAGAAACUGCCCGACCUUAGUCCUGGGAAAUAGUAUAUGUAGAGCUUGAGGGGUUAAGGUUGUAAUAAGUGAAGUUUCAUGAUCUUG